GGCAACCCAAAGGGUUUGCAUUUGCUUACCCUUCUCUUUUUAGUUUUGUUUUUCUUUUCUUAGGAAAUUUGCUAUUUUUUUGUAUUCUUUACAGAGUCAUUCGAGAAUCACGUUUGGUAGUGAGUUUGGUUUUCAGGAACAGGUUCUAAACGCAGAAUAUGCGAAACCCUUUUCAAAGAAAGUUCUGUGGUGGUCAGGAUCGGCUAAUCCACUUCUGGACUGACCGAUCCCCGUUCCAGGUAAGUAAAAUCGAGGGACGAUAAAAAAAGGGGGGUUUGCAAAAGAAGGAAGGAAAAAAAUUGGUUUUCGGGUUUAUGAACUUAAAUUGAACCGGGUUAAACCGGCUUCAUGUUCACACCCCAUAAAACCUAAUUUCUUUUCUUCUUCCUUCUUCCCUCGCCGUCCACAAACUCGAUUUCCCUCUCCUCUCAAAUCCUCUCUUGUUUGAUUCGAAUUUUGGGUUUCUUCAACUUGAUUUUUCAUCAUUUACCCAACCCACUUUUUGUCUCAAUCAUUCACACACGACAAUGCCUAAACGAAGCCGUAGCGGUAAGGAGACUGCCACUCCUUCCGCAGAACCGCCGACGAGAGUUUGGAGCGAUGAGGAUACUAAGGGUCUGAAGCUACUUGGACAAUGCAAGAUGGAACCAACUCGUUUUGUCGAUCGGGAGCUCUUUGAGAAGAUGGGUAUGCUGUCUGAUUUUGACGAGUUGGUGAAAAAUAUGGGCUUUGGUACUUUCGCUGAGCAAGCAUGGGACUUGCAUGAUCGGCUCGCACGAGAAUUCCUCGCCACUGUGCAAGUCGAUUCGCCGGGUGGUUCUGAUAUGAUGGCCGAGCAGUGUUCGAUCAGCUUCUUCCUCCUCAGGCAACACUAUGUCAUCUCCAUGUUUGAUCUAUGUGACAUCUUCGGUUUCCCCAGAAACACAUUAUGCACGAUGGAGAAGCUUGACAGUAGGACAGAAAUUUGGAAGCUUAUUGCUGCUGGGCAAUAUGCUUCUCGAAGCGCAAGACAGUCUCGCAUCCGCAACCCCGUCCUCCGAAUCACGGCGAAGUUCCUGAGUAACACAAUUUAUGCUAGGGCUGAGACUAGCACAUUGCAGCUACCUGAGUUGUGGAUGUUUUUCCAUGGUCUUCGCAGGUUCCUUCACGCUCCGGAUUCCCCUUUGUACCAGCAGACUCAUGAUGUCAACUUUGGCUUCCUGCUAUCUAAGGAGUUUGAGCAGGUUCGGAGGAGCAUGGCUCAUGCUAAGAACAAGAGAGUUCUCAUCGGCAGUUUGGUGACCCCUAUCAUUGAAUCAAUGAACAGAGUUGUGGAGAUGAUGGAGGGAACCUUGGAUGCUCUUGAAGUCCCUCCUAAGCCUGUUUUGCAUUUUCCGGCAGAACCUCUUCAAGAUUCGUCUACGCUUUCCGAGGAAAUAUCGGUGUACACAGAAGUAUGA